AUGAUCCCCCUCGUAUCGUUUCGCGCCUCUCAGCGGCGUCAACUCUUAUCCAUCACAGCUCUAACAUUAUUUUGUUUCUGCGCGUAUAGUCUCUUGAGAAUAUCACCAAAACACACAAGAGAAAUUCAAAUCCAAACUCCCACUCAAACACCCCUAGAACCAUCAACAACCCCAGGGUCAGCGCCACAGGAUGAACUUGUUCAAGGAAGCGCCGAACCAAGAAAGGUUUCCACUCCAGAAGUGCAUCCUAUAGGAUAUCUUACAAGGAAUGCUCAGGAGGAGUUUGAAAAAAUCAGGGCUCGACAGUCCAAGACGCUUGAAGAGGCUGUUCAGGAGUACCGUCGUCGAUAUGGCAUUCCACCGCCACCUCUUUUUGACGAGUGGUUUCGAUUUGCAAAAGACAACGACGUCAAAUUGAUAGACGAGUUUGACACGAUUCAUGACCUGAUCACUCCAUUCUGGGGACUAAAACCCAAGACUAUCCGGACUCGAGCCAGGGAGGCAUUGGGUUUUGAUAACGGGCUGAUUGGAGUAUCCAUUCGAGACCACAGGAUCACUUAUGUACAAAAUGGCGUUGAAUGGCAGCAAAAUGCCACGAAGAGGAUGAUGGGCAAAUUUCUCAAGUACCUUCCAGAUAUGGACCUGGCCUUCAACUUUCACGACGAGUCCCGCGUUGUCCUUUCGCAUGAGGACCUGACGAGGUUAAUGAGAAUAGCCAAAGAGCAGAAUAUGCCCGCAGCGUUUGCGAAAUCACAACUCGCCAACGACUUCACUCAAACGAACUCGGAGCUAUAUGAUGGGAAGUCGUUCGACGAGAUAAGUCUCACACGCUUCAACUCUUUUGCCCAUCAGUCAACCUGGUCUCAUUCUCGCCUGUCCUGUCCGCCAGAUACUCCAGCUCGCUGUCUCGAGGAGGAAGAGGCUGUGGACUAUAGAAACAGGUACGGCAUGAGUGAUCUUGGAUUUGUUUACAACACGACCGCCAUGUCAGACAUAUGCCUAUCGCCCAGCCUCAAAUCUAACUUUGGCUUCUUCGGUGGACCCAAUACAUAUAGAAUUGUCCAGGAUUUGUUUCCCAUAUUCUCCCAGUCCAAGAUUUCUUCUUACAGCGACCUUGUAUACCCGUCUCCCUGGGACUGGGCCGGCAUGGUAAAAUACGAGGAGGACAUGGACGUGGAGUGGCCUAAGAAGGAGAGCAAGCUAUAUUGGCGCGGCUCGACCACUGGGGGCUACAGCCGGAAUGGCCGUUGGAGACAUCAGCACCGUCAACGUCUUGUACAAAAGCUUAACGCGCGCGACCAGGCCCAUAUUCUCACGAAGCAAAACGGCCGUUCCUGGGCGACCAGCGAGGUCCCGCGCGGCGACUACAGCGAGAUGAUUGAUGUGCAUUUCUCUCACAUUGGACAAUGUGACCAAGGUGACUGCGAGGCGCAACGAGCUUUUUUCAAUGUCACCGAGGCUGUAGAUCAGCAAGAUGCUUGGUCAUAUAAAUAUCUACUUGAUAUGGAUGGAAACGCCUUUUCCGGUCGCUUCACUGCCUUCCUUCGCAGUCGCAGCCUCACAUUUAAACUCGCAGUGUUCCGUGAGUGGCACGCUGAGUGGCUCAAGCCGUGGGCACAUUACGUGCCUCUGAGUAUCCAGGGAGAAGACUGGCUUGAGACAGUUCGAUUUCUCGAGAACGAGGAAGCUGGCCGUGAAGAAGGCGAGCGCAUUGCGGCUGCUAGUCGAGAGUGGGCCAACCAGGCUCUUCGCCAGGUUGACAUGGAAGCAUGGUUCUUCCGCCUCAUGCUUGAAUAUGCUCGAGUGAUAGACGAUAAGAGAGAAGUAAUUGGUUAUGAUCGCCGUAGCGCCAAUAUGAGGCUACCAAAGGUUGAGAGUUGA